CUUUCUACUAUUUCUCUCCUGUGGAGAAACUCAGGAGAUAGAGAGAGAGAGAGAGAAGAGAAGAGAGCAUGUAUGUUUGGUUUUAUAAUCUCUCUACUCAUACCAAAGAUUUGUCUCAGACCCACCACUUGGACAGAGAGAACCCAAGCUCCUUUCUCUCUUUUUCUCGAUCUACUCCUUCUUAAUCUCCUUUUUUGAAACUUGAAGCCACUUUCAACAUCAUCCUUAAACUUUUGUUCCCUUAUUCACAAUCUCCUGCCACCUCUCAUUUCUCUAGUUGAGUUGUUAUCUGCGUUUUUAAGCACUCGAAUACUGCAUGCAAAUUCCCUGAUUGUUUGUUAGUACCUUAGAGAUUCUCGAUUUUUUAGUUGUUUAGAUUGAACCAGGAUUACUAAAUUGUUAUUGUUUUCUGUGUAAAGGCUACAUAUAUGGGUUCUAUUAGAGGAAACAUUGAAGAGCCUAUAUCUCAGUCAUUAACGAGGCAGAACUCUCUCUAUAGCUUAAAGCUCCAUGAGGUUCAAACCCACUUAGGAAGUUCUGGAAAACCACUAGGAAGCAUGAACCUUGAUGAGCUUCUCAAGACUGUCUUGCCACCAGCUGAGGAAGGGCUUGUUCGUCAGGGAAGCUUGACGUUACCUCGAGAUCUCAGUAAAAAGACAGUUGAUGAGGUCUGGAGAGAUAUCCAACAGGACAAGAAUGGAAACGGUACUAGUACUACUACUACUCAUAAGCAGCCUACACUCGGUGAAAUAACACUUGAGGAUUUGUUGUUGAGAGCUGGUGUAGUGACUGAGACAGUAGUCCCUCAAGAAAAUGUUGUUAACAUAGCUUCAAAUGGGCAAUGGGUUGAGUAUCAUCAUCAGCCUCAACAACAACAAGGGUUUAUGACAUAUCCGGUUUGCGAGAUGCAAGAUAUGGUGAUGAUGGGUGGAUUAUCGGAUACACCACAAGCGCCUGGGAGGAAAAGAGUAGCUGGAGAGAUUGUGGAGAAGACUGUUGAGAGGAGACAGAAGAGGAUGAUCAAGAACAGAGAAUCUGCAGCACGUUCACGAGCUAGGAAACAGGCUUAUACACAUGAAUUAGAGAUCAAGGUUUCAAGGUUAGAAGAAGAAAACGAAAAACUUCGGAGGCUAAAGGAGGUGGAGAAGAUCCUACCAAGUGAACCACCACCAGAUCCUAAGUGGAAGCUCCGGCGAACAAACUCUGCUUCUCUCUGAUCCUAAAGACUCUUCUUUCUUUCUUCUUCUUUGUGUUGGUUUAUAUCAGACCGCUUUGUUCUUUGUAUAUUGUGUAGACUUUAUUGACUUUGAACAGCAUGUCUUUAUAAACAUUUCUUGAGUGUAUUCCUCUUUUGCAGCUAGUUCAAACUUUUUGAGUAC